AUGACUGAAGAAAGAACAUUUCCUGGUAGUUCUUGCUGGGAUUGUGGAAAAUAUGAAAUUAGAUUGAAAGAGAUAACUAAGAAAGGAGGUUAUGAUAAAGUUGAUGUUAUUGAAUCAUAUGAAGCUUAUGUAGAAGUCAUUUCAUUUUUGCUUUGUUUUGAUGAUAUUGAUCACAUACCUCUUGUUGUUGUUAUGAGAAGUAAUUUGAAAAGUAAUCGUCCAAUUACUCAAGAUAAAGUAAGUGUUGGUAACGUUAAAAUACAACGUUCAAUGGAGAAGCGGAGUCUAAUGAAGAAGUUGACUCCAAUGAAGAAGUUGAGUACAAUUAAAAAGAAGUUGAAUCCAAUGAAGAAUUUGAGAAAUGUAAAAAGAAUCAAAAGAUGCAUAAAAUUCAUCAAAAUAAAGAUUCAGCAAAAGGAAAAACCAUGAUGAACGAAUCUUUUCAAGGUCAUGAUAAUGAGAAGUCCUUAAAGCUAAUAUUUAGAGGGUGUUUGGCUUAGCUUUUGUGGGGCAAAAGUCCUUUUUGUAAAAGAACUUUUUGUAAAAGUUAUUUUUUAAAAUGUAU